AAAGAUUGACCCAGCUCUGCUUUUGAAGAUUCUUGGUUGACCAGCCCAUUUGAGACUUUGCUUUUGCAAUUCAAAUUUCAAAAUGCCCGACAACAUCCGACACCUGGAAGUCGAGGCACCGGAAAAGCGCGAAUCCGCUUCCGACGCUUCCCGGAAUCCGAUGGACUUCUCCUUCAGCAUCUGGCCGCCGGGCCAGAGGACCCGCGGCGCCGUCGUUAACCGCCUCAUCCAGACGCUCACGGGGACGUCUGUUCUGACGGAGCGGUACGGAACCAUUCCACCGGAGGAGGGCCCUGCACUCUCCAGGGCUAUUGAGAAGGAAGCUUUUAACGCCGCCGCCGCCGCCGCUACUCCCGGAGACGAAGGCAUCCAGAUCCUCCAGGCCUAUUCCAAAGAGGUCAGCAAACGCUUGCUCGACGCCGUCAAAUCCAGACCCGCCUCUGCCGUGCCGGAUAAUAAGACAUCUGUGGUGGGUAAGGAAAUAGCCGCCGCCGCCGAUCAGGAAGUCUCCGACGUUACAAUGGGAUUCUGAGUUAGUGGAGAUUGAGGAUGAGUGGAUGACACCCCCAUCUCCGAGCGCCUCCAACACUGCCUGGACAAUUAGCGGAGAGGAGGAUGCAAUGGCUCUCAUCAUAUCAAACAAAGUUCAUCAAUAUAUUUCUCUUUCUUUGCUUAAAAUAAAAAAAAUAAUAAUAAUACUUGGUAUAUGAUGGGUGGUUCUAUUGGGAGUGUGCUCAGCCUAGCACUAAGCCUCAUAGCACUAACCCUUGCCGGCUACUCAAUUUACCAAAACACCCACACGGCCAUUAUUGAGGGCCUGCAGCUUAAUAAGGUUAUUACCGACACUUUGGAUGAGUCGCCGGAGAACAUGCUUGUUCUGCCGCCGCUCGAUAAAUCUUCCGGCAAGCUUUCCGACGAAGCGUGUGUAUUCUCCGCCGUCAAAGAAGUGGUGGUCGCCGCCAUUAACAAGGAGGCUCGGAUGGGUGCCUCUCUCAUCCGU